AUGUCCGAAACUCAAAACGAAGAGGUUCGUGCCUCAGUUCCCACGGAGACCAAGGUUGAAGAUGUCAAAAUCGAGAAGAAGCCAUUCUCCUGGCUCGAACCACAUCCCACGUUCGUCAUCAUCCUCGUUGGUCCUGAUGAGACUCCUUUCGGCAUACAGAAAGAUUUGCUCUGCUCUCGAUCCGAAUUCUACGAAAAGCACUUUUCAGGAACCACACCUGAUGACAAGAUUGAGCACAUAGUCAAGCUUCCUGAGACCACAAAGGAAAUAUUUGGACUGGCUCAGCACUUCCUUUACAUGGACAAGGUGAUUGCGGAUGAGGCGAAUCUCCCAUCGUACGAGGCUCUUGUUGGACUCUGGAAGCUUGGUCAUAAGAUCAAUAUCAAGGGACUCUGUGACAAAGCUCUUACCGCGAUGAUUGACUGUCGUCGAAUCACGGAAUCAAUCCCAGCUACACCCCUUCUCAUCCAGGUCUGGAAGGAUACUCCUGAAGGCUCAUCGAUUCGAAAGCUACUGCUGUCAUGGACCGCCGAGUACAUGCGCUUUUCGGACGCUCGAGCAGAAUUUGCCAAGUCGCUACCGCAGGAAGUGCUCAGCGAGCUUGUCGUUGCCAUGAGUUCCUUCGACACGGUUCCCGCUCCCGAAGCAUCAGCCACCGGUGCUGUUCCUUCUGCGACACCUCGAAAGAACGUUCAUUAUCUGGAGGACGAGCCCGAGAAUGAUGCCAAGAGGAGCCGACGAGCGAGCGGUGGACCAGUCAGUGCUCCAGCAUCAGUAGAUCGAUCGAUCAAAGCCCGUGGCUCCUUGCCUAAGCCCGCGCCUCGACGAAAGACUGGCGCUGGCUAUACCGAAGGACGAGACUUUACCACAUCACAAAAGCUGGAUUUCUGCUCGGACCUGCUGACAAGAAUGCUGUCCGGACCUGGCAAACUCGUCGGCCCUUUCAGAGACGCUGUUGAACCCGUCGAGGAUGGCGUGCCUGACUACUUCGAUAAGGUCAAGCGACCAAUGGACCUUACUACGAUCAAGGCUAAGAUGGAUCGUAAGGAGUAUACUAGCGACGAGGAGUUCGUUGCAGACGUACGUCAGAUUUUCGACAACUGCUUCACGUACUGGAAGAAGGGAGACCCAAUGUGGCUUGCAGGGGAGAAGCUCCAGAAGACAUUUGAAGACAAGUUCUCUCACAUGAACAAAUGGAUUGCCAAAAUGGGUGGUGAUGAAGCCGACUAG